AUGGAUCUUAUCUUGGAGUACGCCGACUACUACGUGCUAGACGCGUUGUAUCCCGCGAAUUUGCCUCGUGACGAUAUCUAUCGCCAGAUUGCGUCGAUUUCAGGACUCACCGUGGUGGGCGCAUACCUGCUCUAUUUUAUUGGCGCUGGGUGCGCGUACGAGUUCCUGUUCGACAAGAAGUUGAUGAACCACCCAAAAUUUAUGAAAAACCAAGUACGCUACGAGAUCUUAGCCUCUAUAAAGUCGAUCCCCGUUAUGGUAUUGCUAGCAUUCCCAUGGUUCCUCGCUGACGUUCGCGGUUACGCUAAGACUUAUGCGGAAUUCGGCAAGUUCGGCUACUGGUUCGAGGCUCAAACCGUAAUCACCUUCAUCUUCUUCUCGGAUAUGCUGAUUUACUGGUUCCACCGCUGGUUGCAUCACCCUCUCAUCUACGCAACGCUUCACAAGCCACACCACAAGUGGAUUAUCUGUUCGCCGUUUGCGUCUCACGCCUUCCACCCGAUGGACGGCUACAUCCAGAGCUUACCUUACCAUUUCUACAUCAUGCUUUUCCCCAUCCACCGCGGGCUCUACCUUGCGCUGUUUGUCGCUGUCAACUUCUGGACUAUCAGUAUCCACGAUGGGUUCUACCUCUCUCAAAACACAAUUAUCAAUGGAGCGAUGCACCACUCGGUGCACCAUGAACUGUUCGUCUACAAUUACGGCCAGUACUUCACGUUCUGGGACCGUCUCUGCGGAUCGUAUCGCGAACCGCCCUCCGCCGGAUACUCCGUGCCCAAAGCGAAGAAAGCGUAG